GCAUGUAAACGAUUAGUUGGUUCGAUUCGUGGAGGGGGUUUAUGAUUGUUAAUAAAAGGGGUCGCAACCGGGGGUGUCCCUCUCUUUUAUCUUGAAUUUUGUACCAGCAACUUGGUGAAUAAUAAAACUGUGUUCAGAUUUCUACUGGUUCUGUUUUAUUCUGCUAGUGCUACGACUCCCCAUCCUGAGUACGUUUACACCUCAGAAGUGGGUAUAUACACACGUAAUGUCCGGGCCAUAUUUCAAUGGAUUGGGACGAAAAAGGAAGAGAAAAGCCUUCAUCAUUGACACCGACGACGAAAGAAAGACGAUUUUUUUUUCUUCGUCAACACCACGUGGCGGCGAUGAUGCACACACGGCGAAACACUCUAAACGACGACGAAUUACACCCACGGAAGCUGAAGUCAUUCCCAAAUUCAAUCCAGAAGACAGAAAUAGCAACGUGAAAGGAUGGCUACACAAAAUAGACCAGCUGGGAGAUGUAUACGAUUGGCAGAACAAAGAUCGUCAAUUUGUUAUGCAAAUAAGGCUUCGUGGAUCAGCGCGUGAUUGGUAUGACGAUCUAGAAGACUACAACCUUACAUGGGAGGAAUGGAAACAAACGCUUCAAACGGCGUUUCCGCGCUCAACAGAUUUCGUCGAUCGCUUGGAAGAGAUGAUGUCAAGAACCAAAAUAGAUACAGAAACUAUGACGAAAUACUUCCAUGACAAGUUGUCUUUGCUUAAGAAGUGCAACAUCUAUAACGAAGACGCUAUUUCGUGCAUCAUCAAAGGCCUGCCAAUCGAAUUGCGCGCCAACGCGAAAGCAUAUCAAUGUGAGACGCCAGAACAACUUUACUACGGUUAUCUAUCUUCGUUGGAAAACUUCAAGAGGGUCGAAGCUGCUGCCACUGCCAGAAAAACAACAUGGAGGCGUGGCAAUGCUACAACAACAACAUCACACACAUUACCGAAGCUGUGCUACGCAUGUCGACGGCCAGGGCACGAGGCGCGCGACUGCAGGACACAACUUCACUGCGACGUGUGCCAGCGCAACGGUCACAGUGCAGCCACGUGCUGGUUUGGUGCCGGGAGCUCAAGACAACAAGUAGUCAAGGCUCCUGAAGCAAACGGCGCCGGCGGUUCGACCUCAUCCGCCAACAACGCGCGGGCUCCAGCAGCAGGCCGCGGUGGACCACGGCCGUGGCAGGAAGGCCGAGUGUUAGCGUCAUCCUCCUUGCCGACAGCCAAACCAGUAUAAUAAGACCUACAUGAACCGAUCAUAACAAUACCUGCUACUACAGCGCCAUCUAUUACGAGGUAUCGCAACUGCCAGGUUACGUCACUACAGCGUCGUGAAGAUGGCGCCACUGAGAUCUCUUCCAAAUAACUUGUAUUUUGCCAAUUAUUUAAUUCAGC